UAUUUUUCAAUUGAACUCAAGGCACUUGAUUUCACUUUAUUUUUGAAUUCUCUGCAGCUUUGUAUAUUUUUGUGUGAAAAAAUAACUUAUUUUCCGAGUAUCUAAUAUACAACAAUCACAACCGUAACUAGCGCUGACGUUGUUAACGUUAAAGGUUCUAAGGUUAGCCACGAAUAACCGACGUAAGCAGCCGCUAGUCAAGCAGACUCAAUUCAUUCAGUACACCGAAAAUAAUAAGUAAAAAAAACGCCUGUCAACCAAGCAACACACAACAAUAAAUUGCCGAAAAUAACGAACGAACACCUUUAAGGAAGUCCGCAAGCAGCCAGUCACUGAAUCAGUCACCACAUCGAAGAGGAAGAAACUUUUUGCACCUGUUCGAAGCUUGUGGUAAAACCAGUGGGAACUACUAGUGCACAACUUAGUCUUCCAUCUCUAGCCUUUUGAAAGCCGCAUUUUUCUCAUUGGUUUUUCACAAUGACUGAGUCUAAGAAAACUGAAAACGUAAAACCUUUGGAUGAAAUAAUUUAUCCAGAAAUCGAGCCUGGCAUAAUUAGCAAGCAAAUGAUUGACAAAGCUUAUCUGGAGGAUGGCAAACAAGGCGAAGAAGCACGCCUUCAUCAAAUGGAACCCGUGGUAUAUGAACGCAUUUCCGUCUUAAGGUUGGAGUUUAAAAAUAUCUUACGAAUAGACCAUCUCUGGAUAAUGCCAAAUUUAACGAAACUCUCUCUAAAUAGUAAUAAAAUCGAGGUUAUUGAACACAUCGAUAUGUUGACUUCCCUAAAAGAACUCGAUUUGAGUUUUAAUUACAUCGAACGUAUUGAAAAUAUUAAAAAACUCGUAAACCUCGAAGUAUUAACACUUUUUAGAAAUAUGAUUACGAAAAUUGAAAACUUGGAUACUUUGGAGAAAUUGGUCAUACUAAGUUUGGGCGACAACAAAAUCCACUCCACUGAAGGGAUCGAAAGAUUUCGCUUCUUGAAAGACCUCCGCGUACUGAAUCUGGAAGGUAAUCCUGUCGGAAAGAAACCCGAUUUCCAAAUGAAUCUUUACGUUGCGGCCGUGCUGCCAAGUGUAAAAUUUUACGAAUAUAAAACAAUCACAGAAGAGUUGCGUCAAAAGGGCAAGGAAAAAUAUUACCGCGAACUGCGGGAAAUCGAAGCUAAUGAAGAGAAGGAGAUACUAGCGCGCGCUGCUAAGGCUAAGGAGGAAUAUGAUGAGCAACGCUUGGCUUCCAGCUUUGUAGAAUACCUCAACGAGCAUCAACUGUAUGAAUCUUUGUGGAAAGGAGACGAAGAUGGACAUGCAUUGCUACAGAUUGGUCAGGCAGCUACUGAUCUGGCCGACGAAUAUGACAACGAUAUCUAUGAUGUGACUCAAGAGAUAUAUAAAUAUGGUUUGGAACGCUAUGAGGAACGUGAAUUAGAAAUAAAUGAGUUUAAAGAAAAUUUGGAAGAAGGUCAGAAGUUGAUACAACAAAUGGGCCAAGAUGUUAUCGAGGGCUUUCUACACCAUAAAGAUCGAGUUUUUGAUCGGGCAUCAGCUAUACUAAAAGCACUAGAACUACGAACCGUUCGUGGAGAGGACGAAGAAUCCCCCGAGAGUUUAGAAUUAUUGGAACAAUUCGAUAAAAUUACAAUGCAAUUCGAUGAUACCAUCAAUGAAAUAUGGCAGCAGUUAAUGAGUCAAGAACUGCACUUACAUGAAAGCAUUGAGGAGUCUACAGUGAAUUUUCAACGUCGCAUACAAGAAAUGAUGGCAAAAUUUGUGGAGCAGGUGCAAACAUAUUUCGGGCAACUACGUGAUAUUGCCAUUCAUUUUUCUGAAAAUAUGGCCGAGGUAGCCACUCACUACGUCAACACCAAAUUAGCGCUGCAAGAUUUUGAUGAUGUGCCACCAGAAUUAUUGCAUUGCAUGGAAGAUCGUGAGGCUGUACUAAAUUUAAUAGCUGGCAUGAAAGAUUCACACAUACAACGUAUUGAUGAGCGAGAGGAUCGACUGAUGGUACGAAGCAGAGACUUCAUAGAAAACAUGAUCGAUGAACUGAACAAUGAUGAAUUGGAGCGCAAUAGAGCUAAAAUUCUCGAAAUUAACUCUUUUCUCGAACUGAUGGCUGAAUCUUUGGCAUCAUUGCAGAGUGAGAUCCGUGAUGAAGUAAUGAAUGAAGAAGCGUAA